AUUCACCACAGCGACAACCAGACGCUAUAUUGUCAAAAUUAAAAAAAUUAUCGAUGAACUAUGUCACGUGGGGUGUUGUUGAAUAGGUAUUUUAAAAUCAUCUUUAGGUUCCUUUUAUAAUUUUUCAUUUUAAAUAAUAGUUUAGCAUUAUAUAUAUAACGAUUAAAGUUGUUUUUAUCCGUUUUGUGGUUAGGCUUCGGACCUACAUACGUAUAGAGACUUUUGUUUAUAAGUAGAUGCAUUCUGUUCCUUAUUUAAAAAUAUUUUAUUAAUGUUUUUUUAUUAUUGCACUUUAAUACAUAGGGUCAAUAAAAUAUUAAUAAAAGACUUUUAUAGUGCCAUCAAGUAAUAGACAAACCGCGACUGUAAAAUGCAGGCGAUGCUGAAAAUACUACUGAGCUGCGUAAAUAUUUAAGAUUUUUUUUCACAGUAUAUUUUUAUUAUGCUUAUUCUUAUUAAAAAGAAAAAAAAAUAGCAAACUUCAUUGGCUUAUUAUACUAAAGUUUGCUGCUCUACUUAUAAUAUUAACUUAAGCUUCUAUUUAUGUAUUUGUUAUAAAUGAAUCUUAAUUUUCAUUUGGUGUUUUAAUUUAUUUUUCUUUUCACUAGAUCACGCCCUUUCGGCUAGCGAUUUAGUAAUAUUAUAUAAAAAUAUAGAUAUGGGCACCAAACUCAUGUCCGACGCGGAUGGGUUAAAACUUCGCAAACCCAAUCAAUAUGUGGAGACGAUUGUUUACAAUGAAGAACCCGACUCUGAUGGUAGCGACGGUAGCGAAAUCUAUAAUACUGAUGAUGUACACAAUAUGGUCUUGGUCAACCAAGAGAGAUUUGACCUCCUGAAUGAUCCAACCUCUCUGGAAAACACAUUAUGCCAUAAAUUCGGCGAUCUAAAAAUGCGAACUUCUAAUGUGUCUAUGCAUUAUGAUAAACAUUUACUCUUCAAAGACCCUUACAUUAGGGAACAGCUUCAGAAUUUGAAUAUUUUACAAGUAACUUCCAAUGAAUUUGAUGAUCAUUUGCUUCCGGCAUCGUUAUUAGAUUACAUUUGCUGCAAACGCUUAGAUGAUAAUUAUAAUUUCUAUAUGGAUAAUAUCAUAAAAUAUGUUAGACACACCAUCGACCAAUUAAAACGUAUAAGUAACGGAGAUUAUUUAACCGAAAAAGCAAAAGAAAAAUGGAGAGAAUCGGUAUAUGCAACUAAUAGUAGUGAUGCAAAAAUUCUUGCCACCUCUUCCAGCAUUCCGCUACAAAUUGAACGAAAGGCAAACAUUAAUUCGAGCAGUUUAAAUGAAGCAAUACAUUCAGAAGUAGAUAUUCGAACUUUGUCUAAAAUAUUAGAGAAGAAAAUAAUUGUAGAGAUUCCAAAGAUAAUCCCUGGAUCAUAUAAAUUAUUCAGCAAGUUAUGUUCUGACAAACUAGUCCUUGGAUGUAAAAGAGAGCAUCAAUCUAAGAAUAUUGAUAUAAAGAAAAUGUCUCAAUUUGAUGUAGUUUUACAACUUGGCCAGUCUGCCGAAGCACCUAAGGAAGAAAAAGAGAAGCAAGCUCCUAAGCUUGUUGAAAUAAAGGAAACGAAUGAGGAGUUUGUUCUAACUUCUAUGAGUUUAGAGCAAAACAUUUCAGAAAUAAUAGAUGAAUCGGAAGAGAAGACACCAAAACUCUUAAAUGAUGUGAUUGCAGAGACUGCUGACACUUCCCUGAGCACUGAACGCGAAGAGGACUAUUGCGAUGACGACGAAUAUAAUUUCAACAACAUUGUCUCUGAAUCAAGUGAUAGUAGUGCACUAAAAGAUUUCUUAGACACAGAAGUUGUUACGAAUAUUCAACCAAAAGAGACUCAAUUUAAAAUUACAACAUCUGAAGCUCUGGCAUUAUCAAUCCAAAGUUUAAACAUGGAUUCUUUACCUGAAGAAAAUUGUGAAGAUUUUAAAAAUCCUGUAAAAAGGAAAUCGUCCCCUAGAGUGAGAGUAAAAUCGCCAUACGAAAAUAAAUCAUAUUUAAUAGAAGAAAAAAAAAGGAAAAAACUAUUGGAAAUCAGAGAAAGACGCGAAAAAAAGAAAAUAGCUAUGGGUGAAAGUUGUAAAAUAAAAAAAAAUAGAUACGGCAAAGGUUCGGUUAUGCCUCGACCAUCUAGUUCCGUGACCAAGCUGUCAAUUACUAAUAAAUCAUUUUAUAAUUCCAUUUAUGGACAGACUGCUAAACAUGUUGAUAUGAAAAUACGCAAAUAUAAAUCAAAUGAAGGUAAAAAGGAUUUCAUAGCUGAUGAACAUAUCGGAGAAGAGCAGGUGCCAGAAAUGCUGACACCAGAUGUAAAUAAUAAGAAAUAUAUUGACCGCAGUUAUUAUUUAGACGAAGCGGUAACUGAAAUGAUGUAUACAGAACCAAGUGAUCAUAGUAGUGAUGUCAGAGAGUUAUUUUCAGUCUCUACAUCGGCAGGAUCAAAUUUAGAGCCGAACAUGUCAAUGCCUCCAACAUCGAUAACUAGUCCAUGUGAUAAAUUAGAAAGAUUUGAUGAACAUAAUGAAUUAAACGCCUUAAACGAAAAUGGAAAUCAAUCUAGUGUAGCGUCUUUCCAAAAUACAUUAAACGUAAGGCCAUCAAUUUUGCUUAGUAACAACGAACUUGUGAAAAACGGUCGAAAAAAAUCUAUACCUAUUGAAUGUAGAAGAAGUAUAGAUAAAAUAUACGAUUUAAUGAAGAAAUUAAGCAAUUCUGGUGCAUAUGAAUGUAAAUCACCUGAGUCAAAAUGCACAACAAUUGACUCAAACAAAAUCGAUGAAAAUGUCUACCAAGAGAAGUCAAUGAAGUACAGUGACAGUGGCACCAGCCUCAAACAUCUUUUAGUAUCGUCAAAUCCCAGCAGCUUUAGCUUUGGUAAAAUAUGUACUACCGACCGCACAACCGUUUCAAAGAACGGAGUCAGCAAAAAAACCAAUGGCUUAAUGACUGUUGUACCAAAAGUAAUCAUAAGUACUAAACAACAUGAUCCAAAUUUAGAAAUAGACAAAGUAAAGAAGGAACGUAAGAAAGUUUCAAUGAAUACGCAGAAAGUUCCAGAAAAUCCUUUAAAAGCUAUUUCACAAUUGUUACACGAGUUUGACAGUGUCCAAAAAACGAGACAGAAAUUGACAACGGGUACGAAAUCUAACAAGAAACUUGAAAUAUCUUUCGAAAAUCGUAAUACUUCGCGAUCUGGCUUCAUGAAAACCCGUUCACGUUUAGAGACUACAGACGUUAUUAAAAAUGAUCAUGUUAAUGAAAAAAAAGUUAUACCAAAGGAACGAAAACCAAGACCGAUUGUUGGAUAUGACACCUUAAAAUUAUCAGAACAACCGUUAUCUUGCGAAGAUAGGCAUAUCGAACGUACUACUAAGAAAAGAUUAGCAGAUAUUAUUGAUGAGGUAAAAGAAGCUAAAGGCGAAGCUGUACGAGGGCCAUCAAAAUUUACGUCGAGGUUAAACACACUAGCUCAGCCUAAGAAAUCUUAUGUACAAGCUCAUAGUGAGGAGUACCAGACUAAAUAUGGGAGGACGAUAGUGGCAGAUAGGUUACAAAGGUUGGCCGGGGCACAGGUGGCGAUGCAAAACCCAGAACGACAGAUGGGGUCAGCUGGUACGAGAGGCAGGUCGAAACGGAGUGCAGAGGCUGCGUCCGCUACCAUUACGAGGCAGCAACCGCCUUCGUUGCCUCCUUUAGCAGAACGGGCAGCCAAGCACCGUCGUCCAAAGAGCGCCAGCCCUGAGAAAUCCAUGAUGCCCGAAGCUACGUCCUACAAUCACAGCCACGUUCUAGACGCACCUGAAAUAUUAAAAAACAAAAUGGUUGCUGUGGAGUCAUACGUGAAAAGUCACUAUGGACACGCGUUGUUACCGGGCGGAGAGCAGGCGCGUAGUGCAAUCAAAGCGAGGGUGCCACUCGUGCCAGACGACCUCCAAUUAUUAAUUGCCAUUCUUAAAACAUGUUACAUUUCUGACUGGUAUCAGUUCUCAAACUUUGUUUGCGCUUAUUAACACGCGUCGAUAAAGAACGAAACGAAUUAUGCAUUCACAAUGUUAUACUAAAAAAUAUUCUUAAUGAUGAAAAAUGCUUAAAAAACACACUUUGUCCCUGGCACUCUGAGAUGGGAUUCAAACCCAUGACCUUUCGCAGUCCGGGCGACUGCUAGUCCUAAGUUUUCAAACACUUGUUAAUUUUAUACAGAACUUUUUUUCAUCAAUGUUCAUUCAAUCUACCCAAACAGCCGUGAUACAUAUUUUUACAAAUAAUUGAACUUUCAAUAAAAAUGAAAAUUUGUUCUAAAUCUUAUAUUUGAUCAAAUUUGCAUUCACAAUAGGUACUGAAAAAUAUUCUUCAUUAAAAAUGCCUAAAAAUGGGUUCAUGGGCUCGAAUCCCAUUUCAGAGUGCCAGGGAUAAAUUGGUUUUUUAAGAAUUUUAAUUAUGAAUAUAAAGUUUAAUUUGUUUCAGCGCCGGUGUCUUCUCCUACAGAAGAAGAGUCCGUUACUAUUGGAAAUAAGUUACACCACAUUAUCAAUAGCAUUAUUAAACCGAAGCCAAUACCCCUCACUGCCCUUGCUGAAUAUCCGGAAAAUGAUAUUAGAAAUAAGGAGGAUCGUUGCGAUGAAGAAUUACACUCGAGAGACGAAAAUCCUUCUUCCGUGGACUCUGAAUGCCGUGUUGAUAUUUUCAAAGACAGAAAUGUCAAAACUGCAGUCCAAAAUUUACACUUACACGAUGAUACUGAUCAGAUCACUGAUGAAAUAUUUACAAAAUCAGACGCGAUAAAACGUGUUGAUGAAGAAAUAUUUGAAUCAGAUGCUGAAUUAGAAGAGCUAGAAAAUGCAUUAAGUAGACGAAUAUCGAUAGGAGCAUUUUCGAAACGCUUAAGAAUAAAGCAAUUAACGAUAACACCUAAACAAUCAGAGCAGCAAGUUUUUUUAGUACAGUCUGGUGACGGUGGACCGAUAAUUCUUCAGUCUAAACUAUCUAAGCGUUUGAAAAUAAGUAUGUCGCAAUCAAGUUAUGAAAAAAAUAUAAAGGAACUGCAGUCUACCAUGAAACCUCAAAUAGAUAGAAAUAUUACGAGAUUACCUCUGCAAAUUACUACUGUUGGCUAUGCAUUUCCACAAUACAGUACAACUCGAUUUAGCUCAAAGUCAGUCACUAAGUCUGUACAUGAUAUAUUUAAAGCUGUUAGCUGCACUUCUUUUGUAAAUAAUAAUUCCGACUUUGCCGUAAAUCACUCACGCAAAGCAAUACUAGAAACAGAUUUAAGACAAAAUAUCCAUUUCCAAAAUAGUAGUUCGACUGCCAUAGAUAAGAAAGUUAUAAAAAUUGAACAAUCACACAAAGUAAAAGUUAUUUCCGAGUCAGUUGUUGAUGACACAAGUGACGCACUUGAAAAAGCAAAUGUUGUACUCGAUGAAAUACCAAAAGGAGUUAAUAAUUCUUUAGAUAAAAUACAAAAUUUUAAUAUUGAAACAAAUAUAAAAGAUAUGAACAGUACUUCAUCCUUAGAUGUGCUAGUGGGACUGUUAAAUGAGAUUCAGAAGAUAACAGCAUGUCAUAUCACAACCACAAAAAAUUGUACGGAUAAUAAGGAAUGCAAGCAAUUAGAAAAUACCAUACAAUGCGAACGUAGAUUGGAUUACAUUGAAUCUCGAGAACUGAUUUCAAUCGCUUCCUUAAACAGAAUGAAUAAAUUGAACUCAAAUCCUAGUAUUUAUUCUACAUAUAUAUCAAAUGAUGAAUCGGAGAGUGCUUAUGACAUUUCGAAAGGAAACAAUGCUCUAUAUUAUUAUAAACCAAUCACAAUUGAUAAAGAAAUAAGCGUGAAUUUUCCAGAAAAGGUGUUCACCAGCAAUUUUACCGACGUUCCGUCUCUCUUUCCUAUAACAGUUACUAACAGUACAAAUGUUACAAAUUCUCUUUUGGAGAUUUUAUGUGAACCCUCUAAACAAUCUAUUUUGUCAUUCAAAGAUUGCGAAACAACUAAUAGAGAGUCCUCCAAUGACUACCUAAAUAAAAUAGUAGAAAUUUCGGAAUCCGUUAUCCAAAAUGAUGUAACUAAACAGCAUUCAAUUAUGUAUGUAAGUAAGAAUGAAGAUGAUUACAUGAAUGCAGUCGUGAAUAGGAAAAAUACAAAAUAUUUAUAUAUGAGAGAAUCGGAUGUUACCCGGUACAAUAGUAAUUUGUUAAAAACUGAACAUGUAAAUCGCUCGAAUUGUGAUCCAUUGCUCAAUAUGAAAAGGGACAUUUUAGUAACGGUUUACUCCAUGCUUGUUCUUACUGUAUUCGCCGCGUUAUCAUUUCCCGAAAUGUUAUAUUAUGAUAUAUGA